AUGGCAUUUACCCCCAAACAGAUGGCUGUGACAGUGGCCCUCCUUGGCAUCGUGUCAUUUAUAUGUGGAAUUUAUGCUGAAAUUAAGAAGCCUGCCGUUGGAGAUCCAAUUCCAGGAAAUGAUGUUGUUAUUUGCAAGUAUCCAUCUAAUUCAACAGUAGUCUUGGGAUAUAUCUCUGUUGUGCUUCUCACGGCAUCCACUGCUGCUGGAUACUACUCUUUGUUUUAUCCAUAUAAUGGGAUAUCUAUUCCACAAGCUGCAGCAUUUCAAAGUGGUUAUUUCACCACAUUCUUCAAUGUGGCUUUGGGCACAAGCGGAUUGGCUGCAGCAAUGGUAUUAUGGCCUACAAUCACGGAGCACCUUCACCUGAUUCAAAAUGUUCACAGCAAUCUUGAAAGAGAUUGCCCAACGGCUAAGACAGGUCUUGUUGGUGGUGGAGCUUUUGUGUCCCUUGACGCUUCUCUUUUCUGGUUGCUCUCUCUUAUGUUUGUGACCAAUGUCCGAGAAGACUACUUACAAGAAGCAGAACAUGGUGAUUACAGUCAGGCUGUUACAUUCGAUUAG